CAUCCAUCCCUCGAUCGAUCGAUCUCGUAUUCUCGACACAAGCAAGCAAGCGGGCUAGCUCGCCACAAACAAUGGCCUCCAGGUCGUCCUCAAUCCUGCUCGCCGCGGCGGCGCUUGCGUCGCUGCUGGCCGUGGGCUCCUGCGCCGCGGUCUCCUUCAAGACCGGCCCGGGCUGCAGCGCCACCAAGCUGGUCCUCAUCCCCAGCGAAGCCAUCUCCGAGGUGGAGGUCAAGGAGAAGGGAGCCGACGACUUCACGGCGCUCAAGGAGGGUCCGACCGGCACCUGGACGCUCGAGGGCAAGGAGCCGCUCAAGGGCCCCUUCUCCAUCCGCUUCGCCGCCAAGUCCGGCGGCUACCGCGUCGUCGACGACGCCAUCCCCACCGGCUUCAAGUCCGGCUCCGACUACAAGACCAGCGUCCAGGUCUGAGCAACGGAUGUUGUUGCGGAUCAUCGUCGUUGGCGUCUCCAGCUUUGGAUCCGACACACUUUUUUUUUCUUCUAAUAAACUACAUGUCCUUCCGCGCCAUUGCUGCGGGUCUUUUAUGGGCAUGAUUUACAUUUUUUUUGUGUACAAGUUUAUUUUUCGGAAAAUGUAAUUAUAUAUUGGCCCAGCUUUUGUGAGAAGACUGUACAUUUUAUUUUUUCCAACUUCUUUUUGAAGGAUAAAUAAACUAUUUGGUACAUCAA